UGUGAGUCGAGGGGUCUGAGGGUGACUCACUGCCCUCCCCAACCAUAAAUAGGAGCGGGAGCCAGCACCAGGACCGGCACAGCCACAGCCCUCCUGCCACUGCGCACCAUGGCCCCCGUGCUCCUGGCGCCGCUGGCCCUGGGGCUGUUGGCCAUCUCCUGCUGCGCGGCCCCGCUGCAGAGCAAGCCGCAGGCAGUGGUCACCUUCCCCGGGGAGCUGGUCAGUGGCUUGUCUGACCUGGAGCUGGCGGAGAGCUACCUGCUGCGGUUUGGCUACACCACGGCGGCAGAGGCGCGGACCAGCAGCAAGCACGUGUCCCUGGCCAAGGCGCUGCGCAAGAUGCAGAAGCAGCUGGGCCUGGAGGAGACGGGGGAGCUGGACGCCAGGACGCUGGAGGCCAUGCGAGCCCCUCGCUGUGGCGUCCCCGAUGUCGGAACCUUCCUCACCUUUGAGGGGGACCUCAAGUGGGACCACAUGGACCUGACGUACCGGGUGAUGAAUUACUCCCCUGACCUGGACCGUGCUGUGAUUGAUGAUGCCUUCAAGCGGGCAUUCAAAGUGUGGAGCGACGUGACCCCCCUCACCUUCACCCAGAUAUACAGCGGCGAGGCGGACAUCAUGAUCAUGUUUGGCAGCCGAGAGCACGGGGAUGGGUACCCCUUCGAUGGCAAGGAUGGGCUCUUGGCCCACGCCUUUCCCCCUGGCCGCGGCAUCCAGGGUGAUGCCCACUUCGACGACGAUGAGCUCUGGACGCUGGGAACCGGCUUAGUGGUGAAGACCCGCCACGGGAACGCCAACGGGGCUGACUGCCACUUCCCCUUCGUCUUCGAGGGCCGCUCCUACUCGCAGUGCAUCACGGAGGGGCGCACGGACGGGCUGCCCUGGUGUGCCACCACCGCCAGCUAUGACCGUGACAAGAAAUACGGCUUCUGCCCCAGCGAGCUCCUCUACACCAACGGCGGCAACAGCGACGGGGCCCCCUGUGUCUUCCCUUUUGUCUUCGACGGCACCUCCUACAACGCCUGCACCACGGACGGGCGCUCCGACAGCUACCGCUGGUGUGCCACCACUGCCAACUUCGAUCAGGACAAGAAAUACGGCUUCUGCCCCAACCGAGACACAGCGGUGAUCGGCGGCAACUCCCAGGGAGACCCGUGUGUGUUCCCCUUCACCUUCCUGGGGCAGUCCUACAGUGCCUGCACCAGCCAGGGCCGGCAGGACGGCAAGCUCUGGUGUGCCACCACCAGCAACUACGACACUGACAAGAAGUGGGGCUUCUGCCCUGACAGAGGUUACAGCAUCUUCCUGGUGGCUGCCCAUGAGUUUGGGCACUCGCUGGGGCUGGACCACUCCAGUGUGCGUGAGGCCCUGAUGUACCCCAUGUACAGCUAUGUCCAGGACUUCCAGCUGGACCCGGAUGAUGUCCGGGGCAUCCAGUACCUCUAUGGUGAGCAGCCGUGGUGCAGCCAGGAAUGGGAUCCCAUGGUGCUGGGCUGGCCCCAGCCUCACGCCCUCCCCUGUAUUGGCUCAGGUCGUGGCUCUGGCCCUGAGCCCACUGCCCCUGUGCCCGCGCCCACCGAGGAGCCCCAGCCCCUGCCCACAGAGGCCGGCAGCACCUCCACCACCGAGGAGGAGGAGGAGACGCCGGCACCCACAGCUGAGCCCAUUCCCGUGGACCCCAGCCGGGAUGCUUGUGUGGAGAACAACUUUGAUGCCAUCACGGAGAUCAAUGGGGAGCUGCAUUUCUUCAAGGAUGGCAAAUACUGGACCCUCUCAUCCUUCUGGGAUUCGGGCAUCCAGGGCGCCUUCUCCAUUGCGGACGCGUGGCCUGGCCUCCCGGCUGUCAUCGACGCCGCUUUCCAGGAUGUGCUCACCAAGAGGGUCUUCUUCUUUGCUGGUCGGCAGUUCUGGGUGUUCUCUGGCAAGAGUGUGCUGGGCCCCCGGGGCAUUGAGAAGCUGGGCAUUGGGAAGGAAGCCGGGCGCAUCUCGGGGGCCCUGCAGCGGGGCCGCGGCAAAGUGCUUCUCUUCAGUGGGGAGAGCUACUGGAGGCUGGACGUGAAGGUGCAGAGGGUGGACAAGGGCUAUCCCCGCGCCACCGACGACAUCUUCACUGGCGUCCCCCUUGAUGCACACAAUGUCUUCCUCUACCAAGACAAGUACCACUUCUGCCGCGGCAGCUUCUACUGGAGGAUGACACCGCGCUACCAAGUGGACCGGGUGGGCUACGUCAAGUACGACAUCCUGCAGUGCCCCCAGCACUGAGGGCCUGACCGGAUGCCUAUGGCUGGUGCGCUGCUCCCUGCCCACCACUCCCGACCUGCAGCCUCAUUCCUGGGGCACGGGGGGCCGCGCAGUCCAUAGGGCAGCCCCAGCCGACGUGGGGGCUUUGCUGUUGCCCCGGCAGGAGGGGGCCGGGAGUCCUGGGGUUACCCCUCGGGAGCUGCCCGGCCCGGGGAGCCCCAGCUGGGGAGCAUGACUCUCGUCUUGCCAGCCCUGCCAGUGCCUGCAGGGGCGUUUGCCUGGUGCAAACCACACACGGAUUUCAACGACUUUGUCUUUUUCCUAAGCCAGCCAGGCCGGGAUCUGCUGGGAGCUGGGGUCCAGGAACUCAAAUGGGGCAGGGCCGGGGGCUCUGCCUCACUUCUGCCCGCUCUGCCCACCUCCAUCUGCCCGUUUUUAAUAAAGACAAUCCUUUGGACACA